AUGGCUGCUACCAAGCUGGUACUGCUCCUUUUCUCAGUGGUCCUGUUGGGCCUGAGCUCAGCUCAAUUCAACAAUGAGGAAGAUGAACAAAAAGCAGAUGAUUCAUUAGAUGCCCAAGCACCAAGUGACUCCCAGGUGGAUGAUGAGAAUCCAGGUGGCCAGCAAGGAGGUGGCCAGCAAGGAGGCCGUCCAGGUGGCCAACAAGGAGGUCAGCCAGGUGGCCAGCAAGGAGGUCAGCCAGGUGGCCCUCAAGGAGGUCGUCCAGGUGGCCAGCAAGGAGGCCGUCCAGGUGGCCAACAAGGAGGUCAGCCAGGUGGCCAGCAAGGAGGUCGUCCAGGUGGCCAGCAAGGAGGUCAGCCAGGUGGGCAGCAAGGGGGCCGUCCAGGUGGCCAGCAAGGAGGUCGUCCAGGUGGUCAGCAAGGAGGUCGUCCAGGUGGUCAGCAAGGAGGUCAGCCAGGUGGCCAGCAAGGAGGUCGUCCUGGUGGCCAGCAAGGAGGUCGUCCAGGUGGCCAACAAGGAGGUCGUCCAGGUGGCCAGCAAGGAGUGCAGGAAAUGGAAUAUGGAGCUCCAUUGCCAGAGCAACUUGCUGUGGCCCUACCUGUGGCUGAGCCAGCACCCCAGUCUGAGCAACAGCCUGCCACCACUGCAGGCACUGUGACCUGGCCAGCUGCUGUACCUCAAAUUGCUGUAGCCCCACCCUCCACUAGCUCAAGUGGAGAUGCCUAG